CAAGGAGCGCAAUGGACUGGGCGGGGUCUCUGCGCCCUUUUUUUUGGGGGGGGGGGGGAAGCUGACCGUCCAAUCGCAGGCGUCCCCGCCUGAGCCCCCUCCCCAGCGCUCCUCCCGGGCGCGUCUCCCCUCCCCUCCCUCCCCUCCCCUCCGCAGACCCGGAGGCGGCUGAGCCGAAGGCGCGCCGGGAGGUUUCGCUUCUCCAAACAAAGGCUCGGCGGCGAUCCGGAUGAAGGGGCGCCCCUAGACGGCUCCGGAGCCGGUUCCCGGAGCGGAUCCGGAGGCGCCUCCGAAGCGCGAUGGCUCAGCGGCUCCAUGCACUGCCCGGCGGGCGGCUCUGAAGGCGGCUCUCGCGUCCCCGGCCGGGGCAGAUCGGGGGUGGCCGCCCGGCCAGGCGCGUCUCCGUGUGGGAGAAAAGCACCCACGUGCCCCAACUAUGUGGCAACAGACCUUCAGGCCAUCUCACUGGGGCACAUUUAUAAAGAAGAGCAGAAAUCCGUGACGUUCAUUGCGCGAACGAGGGGGUUUGCAUAGAGUGGAGCUGGAAUGGGAAAUCACAGCAAUAAUCAUACCUGUGUGACAGAUGACUCCUUCAAGUACAACCUCUACGGAGCCGUCUACAGCGUGGUGUUCAUCCUGGGGUUGAUCACCAACUGCGCCUCUUUGUUCAUGUUCUGCUUUCGCAUCAAAAUGCGGAACGAGACCACCAUUUUCAUGACCAACUUGGCCUUCUCCGAUUUGCUCUUUGUCUUCACUCUCCCAUUCAAAAUCUUCUACAACUUCAACAGGCACUGGCCGUUCGGGGACACUCUGUGCAAGAUUUCAGGGACUGCUUUUCUGACUAACAUCUACGGGAGUAUGCUGUUCCUCACCUGCAUCAGCGUUGACCGCUUUCUCGCUAUCGUCUACCCCUUCCGGUCUCGUACUAUUCGGACGCGAAAAAACUCAGCCAUUGUGUGUGCAGGUGUCUGGAUUCUGGUCCUCAGUGGCGGGAUCUCAGCAUCUUUGUUUUCCACCACAAACACCUACAACACAAGUACGACAUGUUUUGAGGGUUUUUCCAAACGGAUCUGGAAGACCUACCUGUCCAAGAUUACAAUAUUUAUUGAAGUGGUUGGCUUCAUUAUUCCCUUGAUGCUCAACCUUACCUGUGCAUCACUUGUGCUGAGGACUCUGCGGAAACCGGACACCCUCUCGCAGAUUGGCACAAACAAAGACAAAGUCUUGAGGAUGAUCGUGGUCCAUGUGGCUAUCUUCAUUGUCUGUUUCGUACCCUACAACUCUAUCCUUUUUUUGUAUGCUCUUGUCCGGUCCCAAGCCAUUGCUAACUGCUCCUUGGAGAGAUUUGCAAGGACACUGUACCCUAUCACAUUGUGUGUUGCCACCCUGAAUUGUUGUUUUGACCCUUUCAUCUACUACUUCACUUCCGAAUCUUUUCAGAAGUCUUUCUAUAUCACCUCGGACAUCAAAAGCGAUUCCCUUUGCAGGACUGAAAACCCGCUGUCAACCCAUACUAUCCUGCCAGUGAUACGGGAGGAGACGAGUGUCCAGGCCAUCAGAAAUGGGAGAGAUCGGAUGUCUGAAUCUCACUUUUGAUACUGGGGCUUUGGGAAUCCGCUGUGUAUUGGAAACUGGGUUUCAGACAGGACUGUACAGGAAAGGUCUAAAAAAAAACACCAGGCCCAAACUGGAUGUUCUGGCGACCUGCUGAAAACGGAUCAUCGUAUGUUAACUCAAAUAACAUUAUGUAUUGCCCCUGUGCUUUUGAAGCUAAUAAAUAAUAAAAUAUUUCACCUUC